GACGGCGGCCCACUACCCAGGAUCCACCAUUCCCGCCCCGGAGAGCUCCACGCUGGCAGCGCAGCCCCUUCCGCGGCUCAGCAUUGGGAGGAAGACCCUGGUGGCAGCCGCCGUGGGGGUCAUGCUAGUCCUGGUGCUGGUGGUCCUCAUCCCCGUGCUGGUCAGCUCAGUGGGCGCAGACGACGCCAGCCACUUUGAGAUGCUAGGCACCUGCCGCAUGGUGUGCGACCCCUAUCUGGACUCAGGGGGCACAGGGAAAGCUACCUCCACCAAGGGCCUCCAGGCAGAAGCAGAUGCUGAGGAGCUGAUUGACCACAGCAUCGGCCCGCCGCUGCCCACCUAUGGUGGCCACGGUCCACAGGGAAAGCCCGGACGGCCCGGGAAACCCGGACCCCCGGGACCACCCGGAGAGCCCGGUCCGUCUGGGCCCAAAGGACCCCCAGGGGACACUUUGAAGACGGGGAUACUGGGUCUGGGGGGCCAAGGAGCCAUCACCACAGCCACCUACAGCACCACGCCACGGGUGGCUUUCUCUGCGGGACUCCGGAACCCCCAGGAGGGUUACGAAGUCCUGAAGUUUGACGAUGUGGUCACCAACCUGGGGGAUAACUACGACGGCUCGCUUGGCAAGUUCACGUGCAAGAUCCCCGGCACCUACUUCUUCAUCUACAAUGUGCUGAUGAGGGGAGGGGAUGGCACCAGCAUGUGGGCGGACCUGCUGAAGAACGGUCUGGUCAGGGCCAGUGCCAUAGCCCAAGACCAGGACCAGAGUUAUGACUACGCCAGCAAUAGUGUCAUCCUUCAUUUGGAUGCCGGGGAUGAGGUCUUCAUCAAACUGGACGGGGGCAAGGCCCACGGGGGCAACAGCAACAAAUACAGCACCUUCUCAGGGUUCAUCCUCUAUGCUGACUGA